GCCACACUUGGGAAUUGACGACGUUAAAUCUGUUCUAAAAUAAUUCAUUUGACUUAAUUAGCCACGAUGAUUAAAACAUUAAUGUCAAGUUUGUCCGUUAUAUUGGUUUUGCAGAUAGUGUUGCUGUUCUCGUAUGGAAACGCUGAAGGUGAAAAUACGACGACUCCAACCCCGACAACCACAGGUACAUCUGAGAACUCAACAACUUCAAUUUCAACAGCUACAACUUCAACAUCUACCAGUACCACAGUUAAAACAACUACAACACCUACAACACCUACAACAUCGACCAAUCCUGCAGACACAUGCUCAUCAUACAAAAACAAAACUGAGUGUUGUCAAAAUCACUGCCAGUUUGUCAACUGCACCGAAGGAGAUACAACAGUUGUCACUUGCCAGCAGUUGACGACUUUGAAACCGGACUGUGUUAAUAUGUGUGAAACUGUGAUCACUUCAACUGUACCCACUUCAACAGUAACAGUCGUCACCAGUUCCACCGCAGCUAAAAGUACAGCAACAGCACUUCCAACCAACACAAGCUCAGCAUCUCCAGCUACUCACAGUGGGGGCCAGCACUUUGACGGAGCCUCGUUCAUUGGUGGAAUCAUCCUGUGUGCUUGCGUUGUGGGCAUAGUUGUGGUUACCUGGAAGUUUUACAAGUGCCGCCAAGAGAGAAACUACCAUCACCUGCACUAAGAUAUACCCACGGUUUCUGUUGCUGUUGUUUAAUCCCCCUACCCUGCCUUUCCAAAUUCACUUUGUUCUGUGUAAAGACGUAUGUGCCUUCUGUAAUAUUUUAAAAGUAUAUUUAUAUGGGUCAAACCGUUGAAUGUGUCUGGAGAUACUUCAUAUUCCCUGUUUUACCUUGUCUUCUUAAGCAUUCCUUUGUUAAAAAGUAAUAUAUAUUUUAUUGGUGGUGUUUUUAAAUGAGGCCAAGCCUAGAAAAUAUAUAUUCAGGGUUUAAGCUGUCGUUAUCCGAAUUGUCAAAUACAUAUUAAAGUUGAAUUUGACUAUUUCUUCAUUAUUAAUUCACUAUGAAGCUAGUUUGAAAAUUGCAUGUCCUUGUUGGAUAAUAUAUGUACCAUCAUUUUAACUGUUUGGCUGACUGAAACUUGAAUUUGGCUACACUUUUUUUUUUCCUUGAAACGAAAUUCGCCAAAUGUUUUAUUUCUGGGUCCAGCUUAAACCCUGAUAUUGGUUAUUGUAACCUGACUUAGUUAUAAACAUUUUCCUAUGAUAUAUUUCUCAUGGUUGAUAACGACAUACAAUCGGAAGUAAGUUAUGACUGAGUAAGAAAAUACACUUGGUCAAUCAUAAAUAUGACUAUUUAGGCUAUUUAAGUUUACCAAAGUUUAUCGAUGAAGUAACAUAUCUGUACUAUCGAAGUGAGUAUUAAAAAACAUGAAAAAGGUUUUUUUCUAAGAAAUUAAAGUUGGACUUGACUGCUCAUCUAAUGCUUCCAUGGAAAUGAUCAUCCAACUGAAACGUUAACACUCAGUCUGAUAGGCAACUUCAUCACUUUUAUGUGAUCAAAAGAACUUGGUCUUUUAUUAUUUAACAUUUAACUCUGAAAUAUAUGGAACAUUUGUGAAGUAAAAAUUAGAAAAAGUGUUGAAGGUCCUGAGAAACAUUUUCCAUCAACAUUUGCAGCAGUGUUUGUCAGUUUCUCUGACUAGUAAUACGUUUUCCAAUAACCAACAAUAGCUGGUCAGGUUAUGGUAAACAAAGUUGGUUUUCAGGAUGGCCUCAUGGUACAAGCUUGAAGGUAUUUGAACACUUGGAAGAUUUGAGUGUGUCAGUUUUGCGAUCAAGACUAUCUUUACAUCACUAUGCACCAGUCAAGUUAUGUUUUGCCCAUACCGGCUUGUGAAUUGGUAUGUCAACUACUUUAUUUUAAAAGCCAGAUAGAAAUACAAUGUGUUCAGAAGGAUAUAUUUAUUUUCUCAUAUAUUUCUCUACCUGAAGUCUUUCAUUGGCUGAUUCCAUGUUGAAAUCCGAUCUGACAUUGGCCACCACUGUUCGUAUCCAGGUGAUUAUUCAUCACAUGUUAAAGCUGGUGUAACCCAUGACCCAGUUACACCAGCAGUGUUUUGACUGAUUGAAUAAAAUGUCACCUGGAGACAGAAGCACAUUGGUUGAUGUCAGAUCUGCUAUAAGUAGAGAGGCAGUAAGAUCAGAUUUUAAUUCGAUUGAGUAUUCUCGUACAUACACUUCAUAAAAAGAAACACUUUUAAGUUUUAAACUCACAAAUAUCUAUACACCAUAGUAGAAGUUCAGAUGUCUGGCUUUCGAGUCAAAACAAAAUGCCAAACAGUAUUUUGGUUAGUUAGUAUUAUUAUGAAGUAAGCUGUUUGUGCGAUAUUGAAUAUAUAUAUGUUGUUGGGCAGGACUUUCUAGUGUCGAUGUGAUAGGAGGAGGGGCUGGGUAUCGGGUAUGGAAAGACAGAGAAAAAUCAGAAUUUAUAAGCUGUCCCCCAGCCCUCUCUACCGAUAACAACAACCCCAAACAAAAACCACUGAAAACCACACAAAAGAUCCUGACUGAUACAUGACAGUAUGAUAUCUGUUUUCCUCGUAUGACAGUAAAUAAAGUAUUCACUGAUCUUGUGAUUCUCUCGGGAUAGUUGAUCCUAUCUCUGACAUCAUCUUUAUUCCAGUUAAACACCCAACGUAAAGAAUAAACUGGCUUUUGUUUAGCUAUUUUGAUGAACUGAAAACCACAAUUCUUGAUUUGUUAAGUGUACAGCAUUUGAUGCAACAGUUACUGUUAAUUGUAUUUGGGCUGUUGGCAUUUCACCGCUUAAAUCACGGAGCAUGUAUGUCACCCAGCACAUAUACGGAACACAUAUUGUCCAGAACAUACUGUAAAGCUUGGCUCUUGGCAAUUGUGGACACAAGCUCUGUUGUAUUAAGUUAUUAUUGUCAGAGUUAACCUUUAUAAAGCAUACUUCUACUUAGUCAUUCCAUAUAACUUUUAAAUUCUCUCACUUCAAGAUUGUGCUGUGUCAAGAUGAGAAUGGUGAAAAUGACCUUGAAAACUUGCUUCACCCACCUUGUAACAUUGUUUUUUUUAUCUUGGCUUACAAAGUCAAAUGAAGAUAUCUAGGUGUUACUUUCUUGAUGGCGAUGGCAUCACCUUUUGUUUUUAGUUCAAACAUUUUUUCAUAUUUGGGUUCAUUUUUCACAAACUCUACUAGAUCAAUGAAACUGCUUUAUACUUAAAUCUAUACAUGUUCCAACUCAAUUCAUGUUUAAAUAAUUAAAAAUUAAUUAACUGAUUUAAAAAAAAACCCCAAAAACCCAUUUAUUUUAAAGAACUAGAACAUAUAUCCUGAAUAUUACAUGACAAAUUAUUUCUUUAUUCCUGGAAUCAGUUUAUGGUAGGCAAGAUCAUUGAAGUCUUGUUAUUGAAUCCUUUUUGACUUUUAUUUGACCAUGAUAAAUGUGAAGGUUGAAAAUGGUUCCAUUCUUAUGGCUUCAUAAAUAUUGGCAUGUAAAUAUCCUGUAACAUUUAGAUGAAUUUGUUAUUUGUUAAUAUUUGAAAGGGUUAUAGUUGAGACAACUUUAAGUGGAAAGUGAUAUAUUUAAGGUGGGAAGUCAUUACUGUUAAGAAAUUAAAAUGAUUAACAGAGGUGAAUACAAUAUCUGUGGUCUGAAUGCUUUAUUGGUCCCCUACCAAUCCAACGGGAGGGAACUAUAUGUUUUGUCUCCAUCUGUCUGUCUGUCUAUCCCACAUAUAGAUUUUCAUAUGGUUUUUUUUUUAAAUGUGUCGAGAUAUUGAGCUGAAAGUCUGCGUAUAGCUUUGUCAUAUACUGUUACAGAUGGAGUUUG